GCGUGCGGCUGGGCCUGGUUCAGGAGGGAUAGUAUUUCGCCUUGAUAGUGCUCAUGGGUGCGAGGCGAGAGGUGUCUUGUCUUGUGUUUGUUGGGUCGAUCAUAGAGGAUCCCCUAGAGUGCUAAGUUAUGCCCUGCGUAACUCAUGCUGUCAUGGCAUGGACAAUCGCACAUCCGCUGGCUCAGCUUGCCUGCCUCACUGGCCGAUCCCCCUCCCCCAGCGACCCCCAUCCAUGCCUCCAUGCCAUCAUACCCCGUCACCAUGUUCGAUUUCACCAGCCGGGAUGAUGGCACUUGAACGACCGGUACCACCACGCAACACGAUCGCCCCCGUCCGUGUCCGUCACCGUGGGCUCCACGCACUGCGUAUUGUCCUGGAAGGUGAAGUUGCCCCAGUGGCGCCCGUCGCAGUCCGGGCCCGUCCACACGGUGCACACGACGCGGCUGUCGUGGUCCAUGUCGGGGUCCCACACGCGCAUCGACCGGCUGGGCUGCGAAAUCGUGUAGCAGGUCUUGUCCUCGACGUCCUUGCGCGUGUAUUCGUAGCAGUAUUUGUGCGCCGCGCGGUCACAGGGGCAGUUGCUGUUCUUGACGACGGUCGAGUUGUAGCGCUGGGCUGUUGAUAGCGCAGUGAGGGUGGUGAGGAUGAUGGCGACGACGCCGUGAAUGCGUAGGCCUUUCAUUUUGGAUAUUGAUUAGAUGGAGGCAAUUGGAAGACUCUGAUGUUUGGGAACAGGGUAAUUGUUCACAGUAUUACAUUUCGAACGUAGCCAUCCUGACCUUGUUGACUUACACAGACGUCAAAGUUUUCUGUGAGGGCUCAAACGCAGUAUCACGCACACUGCCCGUAGCGGUCCCAUGGCUUCUACUAACUCUACAGCAGCCUACGAUAGCCGACUGUCCUACUCCCAACCUCACACAGAACAUAGAUUAAGCGCAUCAUAGAUCGCGUUCAAUACAAUAAACUACAAGUCACAGAGCGCAAGAGUCCAGGGUAGUUUC